UUCGCGACGAAAUUCAUGCACACGGUCAGCCAGCUGCNUCACACCAAACAUUUCAAAUAAUUUCUGCAUAUUAUUAAUUUCAGAGAAAAUAAAAAGAAAAAGAGAUUUGUAUAUCGAAUUCGCGCGAAGAAAAAUCGGAAUGGCAUCAACGAAUUUCGAGAGCGAUUUGAAUCUCAAGGCAACCGAGCUACGAUUGGGCUUGCCCGGUUCAGAUGAACCGGGAAAGAACAACAAGCGGUCUUGUUCGGAGAUGGACAAUUGUAGCCAAAUUGGUGAAAAACAAGAUUGUGUUGCCCCAGCUCCCAAAGCACAAGUGGUCGGUUGGCCGCCGGUUAGAUCUUAUCGGAAAAACGCCAUCCAACUGAAGAAAAAACCCGAGCCCGAAAACGGGCCCGGGUUUUUCGUUAAGGUAAGCAUGGAUGGAGCUCCGUAUUUGAGGAAGAUUGAUCUCAAAUUCUACAACAAUUACUUUGAUCUCCUCAAGGGCUUGGAGAACAUGUUCAAGUGCACUAUAGGAGUGUAUUCAGAGAGUGAAGGGUAUAACGGAUCUGAAUUUGCGCCAACAUACGAAGACAAAGAUGGGGAUUGGAUGCUCGUUGGGGACGUGCCAUGGGAAAUGUUCGUCAUCUCUUGCAAGAGACUAAGGAUUAUGAGAGCCUCGGAAGCUAAGGGCUUGGGAUGUAUGUAAUAAUUUUUUUGGAAAUAAUGAAGAAAAGAAAGAACAAAGAAAAUUAAGGAGAAAUUGGGAGAAAUUGUGUUGUGUAUGCUCAUAAUGUGGAAGGUGAAGAGCCCUUGAUGGGAUUAAAAGGGAUUUCUUCUAAAUUUUUUAGCUUCAUUUUAGGUUAAAAAAAGAGGGUUUAAUUGGAAUUGUUUAAGCAUCUUUGUAUUGUACAUAUGUUAGAGGGACGUUGAUUUGUUGAUGUUGUUCCUUAAUUUUGAGUUUUAUAGUUACCUUGUUUUGUAGGUUUAUGAGAGUUUGUAAUGUAUUUUCACAGAAGAAGCACAUGAGUUUGGAGGACAAAUAGAACAAUACGAAAUAUUUAGGUUGAUGGAGUAAAUUG